AUGGACAAUUUGAGUAGUGAGAAAGGGGAGUAUGAAAAUUGGUUCCAUUCGGCAUCUUUUCUGAACUUUUAG